AUGUCCUCCGAAUCCCUCCCCAUUACCCCCACCGCAUUCGCCGCCGCCCUCAAGGACCUCACCAUCCCCUCUCUAUACGCCAAAGUCUCCGAACUCCGCAACUCCAUCUCCCACCUCGAACGGUCCAACGCCGAGCUGAAACAGUUCCUCGACUCCACUCCAGGCGGCGACGCAGUCUGCGAAGAGGCCGUGGGCGAGAAUGAAGAGGUUAUCAAACGGAUGUUGAGCCGCGUCGACCUUGUCAAGGCUGAGGUGGAAGCGCGGGGUCAGUCGUGGAUUGAGCUCAACGGCACAGAUCCGCGAGGGGAAACGAAUGAUAUGGAGAUUAGUGCUGCUGCUGAGGAUGCGGAGCCUACUGCUGGUUCUCCGGCUAUUCAGGGGAGCGGUGAAUCGUUGGUAUCUGGUCAGGCUGCGGAUCAACCGACUGAGCGAAACGGGACGCUGCGUCAACGCUCGACAGCAACGCCCACAGAAGAAAGGGAGCGGCAAGGGGAUGAUGAACCGGAAGGGAUAUAUCUCUGA